GAAGGCAUCAGCUUUAUCUACUGACUUUAAAGGCUACUGUUAUGAGGGGUUAAUUUUUUUUUAUAGUGAACGACACGGCAAUGUGUAAUGCAUAGUCUUGCUCAACUGUUUAUGGAUAAUUUAGGAGACAUGGGGCUAUGAACCCAAUUCUCAGACAAAGAGAGAAUAUUAACUGUGUUUAUAUUAUAAAACCAGUUUAAGCUUUAUGUUUAAUUUUAAAACAGUUAUUUAUUUAUUUUACAUAUAACAAUCCCAGUGAAGAUCUCCUUCCACAUUAACCAUGCCUGAUCAAAAGCGGUACAGACAUAACUGCAUCAAGGAACCAUUUUGUGUUCUCAGCACCAGCGGUGGUUUGAAGACGAGGCGGAGAAAUGUGCUAUUUCGUAAUAAGUUUUUAGACACUUAUUCUGGUUAUUCAGAAGACAUGUCAACUCACUCAGAUUACAGUUUGAACUUCAGUAACAAGAGAAAUCGUAGAAGAAUUCAGUUUUUACAGACAUUCAAAACACCAGAGGCAGUAGCUUGGGCAGACAUUUUCCUUUCAGAAGAUCAAGAGUUCCCCCAUACAUCUUCAAACUCAGCCCUUACAGCAACAGAAACCCAGGACGAUAUUUAUAUGGAACCCAUUAAUGAUUCUAAAAUACCAAUGGAGAAAAACAGUAAAGAGAAGAUGGCUUUUCCAACAAGACUCACAAGACCAUUUGAUCUAUCCAGAAAAUCUGGAGUAAUCAUGGAAGCAAUGUCUCACACACCUGGCUAUUCCUUAUUCAUGGAUAUUGAUCCUUCAAAAUCAGGAGGAUUCUUGGACAGUCUUGGUACAGCUGCACUACAGCCAUUGCUCGUGGACCGUGGUGGUUCCAUGCAUGAGGAAUCAAUAAUCCAGAGCAAACAGGUGCUUCCAAUUCUAGACUGGGUUGGUGAAAAACUAAGGCGUAAACUGCAUAUGUCCUAAACUGAGCAUCCCGUCAUUCUGAUCAUUGGGUUCUGAGAUCAUAUCUAAGGCUAUCUUACUUCAGACAAGAAAAACUUUCAGCAACUAUGGAUGAUUUUAAGAUAGCUGUGAUGAAAUAAAGU